GUGAUAAUCCUCUCUCCCCGUUGCCUUUUUCUCACUACCAAAACGCCCAAUUUCUCAGUCUUCAGUCAUUUCAAACCGCUCACUCAAAUGAUACUCACAUCCUUUUCCAUUUUUCCCCACCCUCCUCCUCCUCCUUCCUCCUAAUUUCUCACUUCACUCCUCCCACCCACCCCACCCGCAAUGUCACCGAAAUUGACCACCUUCAGUAUCUUCUUCCUCACUCUCCUCCUCCUCCUCCCCCCAUCUUUCUCCAUUGAAAAUGAUAUCAAAUGUCUACAAGGCAUAAAAUCCUCCCUAUUAGACCCUCUCAACAAGCUCUCAUCAUGGUCAUUUACCAACACAUCAGUAGCAUCAAUCUGUAAACUUGUUGGUGUUUCUUGCUGGAAUGAGAAGGAAAACCGCCUCAUUUCUCUUCAACUUCCUUCCAUGUCACUAUCCGGUUCACUUCCCCCAGACCUUCAGUACUGUACUUCUUUACAAACUCUUGAUCUUUCUGGUAACGAACUUUCUGGUUCGCUCCCAGUUCAAAUCUGUUCUUGGUUACCUUAUCUCGUUAAUCUUGAUCUAUCUAGUAAUUCUUUUUCCGGUUCUUUGACACCUGAGUUUAGUAACUGCAAAUUCUUGAACACCCUUUUGCUUAAUGAUAAUAAGCUUAAAGGUUCGAUACCUUAUGAGAUUGGCAUGUUGGACCGGUUGAAACGGUUCAGUGUGGCGAACAAUGGUCUUUCGGGUUUGAUACCAGAUGAUUUGAACCGGUUUUCGAAGGAUGGUUUCGAGGAUAAUGAUGGACUUUGCGGGAAACCAGUUGGAGUGAAAUGUAGUAAGUUGAGUUACAAGAGUCUUGUUGUUAUUAUUGCUGCUGGUGUUAUUGGUGCUGCAGUGUCAUUGAUUCUUGGAUUUGGGAUUUGGAGGUGGUUUUUGGUUCAGCCAAGUAAGAAAGAUAGAGAGUUUGGGGAUGGUAAAGGUGGUGGUAGUAGUAGUGAUUGGGUUGAAAAGCUGAGGACUUUCAAGCUUGUUCAGGUGACAUUGUUUCAAAAACCAAUAAAUAAGAUAAAGUUGAAUGAUUUAUUGUUAGCUACAAAUUCUUUUGAUAGUGAUAAUAUUGUUAUUUCAACUAGGACUGGUGCUUCUUAUAAAGCUAUAUUGGUUGAUGGAUCUGCAUUGGCUAUUAAAAGGUUGAGUAGUUGUACGUUGAGUGAAAAACAGUUUAGGUCUGAGAUGAAUAGAUUAGGACAACUUAGACAUCCAAAUUUAGUACCUUUAUUGGGUUUCUGUAUUGUUGAUAUUGAGAAACUUUUGGUGUACAAGCAUAUGCAGAAUGGAAGUUUGUAUUCCCUUUUACAUGGUAAUUGUUGUGAGAUUGGUUGGCAAGCAAGGGUUAGGAUUGCGGCUGGUGCAGCUAGAGGAAUUGCUUGGCUUCACCAUGGAUGUCAACCGCCAUAUUUGCAUCAAUAUCUUAGCUCGAAUGUGAUUCUUGUAGACGAUGAUUUUGAUGCUAGGAUCACGGAUUUUGGGCUUGCAAGGCUCAUUCGUUCUACUGAUUCGAAUGAUAGUUCGUUUGUUAAUGGGGAUUUGGGAGAGUUUGGUUAUGUGGCUCCUGAGUAUUCGAGCACGUUGGUUGCUUCAAUGAAAGGGGACGUGUAUAGUUUUGGUGUAGUGCUGCUUGAGUUGGUGACAGGGAGGAAGCCUCUUGGUGCGGGUAAUGCAGAGGAGGGAUUCAAAGGUAGUUUAGUUGAUUGGGUUAAUCAGAUGUCAAGCUCAGGUCGAAGUAAGGACGUGAUUGACAAAUCUAUUGCUGUAAGUGGUCAAGAUGAUGAGAUUUUGCGAGUUCUUCAAAUCGCCUGUUCUUGUGUGGUUUCAAGGCCGAAAGAUAGACCUUCCAUGUACACGGUGUAUCAGUCCUUGAAGAGCAUGCUGAAAGAACAUUGUUUUUCAGAACACUUUGAUGAAUUUCCGAUCAACUUGACCUAGCAAAAUCAUGAUCAUAAAGAUUAGGUUAUAGCAUGAAAUGAUUAGACAAAUGUUUCUAAUUUUUGAAUAUUCUAGUUAUGGCACUUGUACUUGAGACUGCAGUUGAACAUGUCCUUGGUCAUCUAUUGAUAACUCUGUAUAGUUUGAGAAGUAAAUGCAUGCUCUUUGUUCUUUCUGGAUA